UCAGAAAAUACUGCAAAAAAAUUUUUUUUAUAUUUUCUUUUCAAAAAGGAUUAUAUGAAGUUGAUGCAGUCCAAAAAGUAAGCAGUAAUUUGUAAAGUUUUGUUAAUAACAACCCCUCUUUUGGAGAGGCAGCUAAAACUGCUAAGGGGGGAAAAAGAUGAAGUACAGAAACUGCAUUGCAUCUGCUCUUUGCCUCAAAGGGAUCUGCAAAAAAUAGAUCUUUAUGAUGUUAUUCAAAUGGCACCAAAGAUCAAACCAGAAUAAGUAUUUUUCCAUUCAAAAGCUGAUGAUUUCUUGGUCUAGUACUAAAUGUGGAGGUUGGUGGCCCUGCAUGUGGCAGGAGGGUUGGAGAUUCGUGAUCUUUGAGGUCCCUUCCAACCCUGGCCGUUCUGUGAUUCUUUCUUGUUCGGUUUAGACAAAGGAGUAGGAUGAUUGCUUUUGCUUUCCACUUCUUAGAUUCUAGAAGUGCUUGAGAUGCAAUAUGAAGCCUUCAUCUAGAAAGUUAUAAAUGAACAAAUCAAAUCUGUAUCUACAAUUAGUUUCAGUAUAUUUAUUUGAGCAGCUUUUUUCUUAAUUACAUAUCAUGUCUCACGUUGCAACAAUUACAUUCCGUGUUUGUACCUUCCAAUAUCAUAUUAUGUGUUACUCCUCUAGCGCUUCUGUGUGACAUCAAAAAGGUCUGUAAUGUGACAGAAGGUGCAAAAGCUACAAGUUUGAAGUACUGCUAUACUGUUAGGCUUCUUGCUUCUACUCGUGUUGAUAAACAAGGCAAAAGUACUUCAGCCUUUUUUACUAUUAGAAUACGUAUGAGAAUACAGCGAGACUGAAGAAAAAAGAAAUAGAUCUUCAUUCUUUUAUACUGAAUCUGUUUUGAAAAGGAGAAAAAUCUGUUAAAUGCUGUGUGUCAGAGCCAGCAUAGAGGUGGGUUCUUGCUAAUAUUUCAUAGAAUCAUUAAGGUUGGAAAAGAUCUCCAAAACCAUCUAGUUCAACCGUCCAUCCAUCACCACCAUGCCCACUAAAAUGUGUCCCUGAGUGCCACAUCUGCAUGUUUCUGAAAUGCCUCUGGGGACAGAGACUCCAACAAUUCUCUGGGUAACCUGUUCCAAUAAUUUGACAGGUCAUGCAUUUGUUGGGGCACAUGGUUCUGAUCUGAGCAUUGUGCUUCAUCUUGACAAGAAGCUUUUUUUUUAUAGCCAUGUUCUCAGAUGUGUGGAAAGAACGCACAUGACUUAAAACACAAAUGCCCAGGUUCUCUUGUAAUAGGGAAGAGGCAAGCUUCAUCACAGACUGAUAGCUGUUGGUCUGGGGUUCAAGAAUUGGGCAUUUUGAAUUCUUGAUUUUGUUACAAAUAGGAAGGAGAAGUAUCCAUAUGAUACACAUAACUUGAAUGUUGAUAGUGUAGCAAAAGGAAAAAAAGAUGCAGAGGAAGAUGUAGAUAAAAUUACCAGACUCAGUUAAUUGGAGCAGUUCAUAACAUUUAAAUCUAAUUAUUUAUGGAUAAGGACAGUCAUUUUAAAUUGAAAAUGUUCAUUUCAAUAAGUAAAAGCAGCAAGACAAGGUCAGAAUGAUGGAGUGUCUUUCUAGCUCUUUCCGCUGAGUCUUGUUACCUCAAGUAGUCAUGCUGAUCAUCUUAUUAAUGUGCUCUUUUCAACACAAUUCUCAAUUAGGCUCUCUGGACCAAAAUAAUAAUAAUAAUAAUAAUAAUAAUAAUAAUAAUAAUAAUAAUAAUAAUAAUGCAGUGUCCCCAGCUACCACAGUUUAUCUGUUUCAGUCUCGGUCAGCAUCACCUUCUGUCUUAAAACCACUGUGUUUCUGCUUAGUGAUGUUUAUCUGCUGUCCUGAUUUCAGAGUGCAAACAGCUAACUAUGUUACUAAAAAAAAUAAAGCAGGAAGUGAUUCUCUGGAAUACAGUAGUGCUGAGGUAAAGUUUUUAGAAGUUUAUAAUAGGUGAGAAGGCUUUUUAGGUGAGUAACACUGGUAUGUGCAGGAUGUUGACUGCAGAAUUUGUAAAACUAAAUGUCUCCUCUACUAAAAAUGAGAUUUUUGGGCGUGACAGUAAGAGCAGAACAUAAUGAGAAUGGAAAGGACAAGAAAGUGAAUAGUGGAGAUGGGAGUAGGGGAUAAAAACAAGAGCGUGGUAGACUGUUAUCACAGUUCUUUAGGCCUCAAUGAAUUUGGGGCUCCAGUAUGCUGGGUACUGCAUAAAUAACAAUUUCUGAGUCCAAAGCCUUGCUCUUAAGGUUUCAUGUUCUGUCUAAUGUUUAUAUAGCCAUGGUAUGUAUAUAUACCUGCCCACUCUUAAUUUGUCUGGGUACCUUUCUUUUGGAUGUGUUCUUUUGUCUGUGAAAUAAGGAACUAAUGUUAACUACUACAGAGCUUCUUGCCCACUGAACUCAGUGUCAGAGUUGGUAAUUGAAUCUCAUCGCCGAGUCUCAAUAUCUGAAUCAGUGGAUGGUGCCCACCUUUGUCAAGUUAAGUCUUCUGCUGACAGGAGCGGACUUCAGCAAAGCAUGUUAGCAUUUGCCAGUUUAAAUGUUCUGAGGCUGAAGAAAGGAGGCUGGAUUUCAGACGAAUCAAAAUAGUACAGAAAAGAAUGAAAUAUUGUAAUGCUUCUAAAACUAGUGCCCUCAGCAGGCCUGCAGUAACAUUCCAAAUAAUGGAUCAUAGAAAUUGAAGAAACAGGAGAGAGUUUAUUGUGCUAGAAGAAGUGAAGAUUUUUUUGUUUUUGUUUUUCCUGAAAGAAAUACUAUUUUUUACCAGACCAUUUGAUACGUCAAGAGAAAGGUGUGCAGGACAGGAGAUCUCAUGAAGUUCCUCAGUAGUGUAUUUGUGAAAGAAAAGGGGAGUUCAUCCCAGCUCCAGUCUUGGACUGUCCAGCCAUCCUUUGAAGUGAUUCCAGCUCAGCCACAGCUGGUAUUUCUUCACCCAUCAAUCCCACCUCCCAUUAACCCUCACCCUGUUGGGAAAAAGAGAAACGAUCCCACUAACUACCUGCCCAUCCUGAACUCUUAUCCCAAAAUAGCACCACAGCCCUGUAAAAGAGAUCACUCCUUCGAUCUAGAGGAACAUCAGGAAACCAGUUGCCAUAAACGACUCUGCACAGAAGCGUCUAAAAUGGAGACUUCUCCUAUAUCAAGGAGCACAGAUUUGUCUGCUAGUCCUUUUGCCCAUCUACCAGUUAGCUUUAAGGCUCCUCAAGAUUCUAACCAGCAAAGUUCUUCAAGUUUGAUGACAACUGGAAAAGUGUCAAAUCUUCCUGGUUUACAUCGCGUUUCUGCUGACACUCCAAAAGUUCCAGGUUUGGCUUCUCUUUUGCCUUUUGGAACUCUACAGACAGCAAAGUGCACUCCUCAUGAGAAUGAGAGUGCAUCACAAACUACAAUGCAGUCUGCAGUGUGGAGCCUGCCACUGAUACCAGAAGAGACUUGCACUACCCCCGAGCUGCUUUUGCAACAGCAAAGUAAGUGCAGACGCUUUCAGAAUACACUCGUUGUGCUACGCAGGUCAGGAUUGCUAGAGAUCACUUUAAAAACCAAGGAGCUCAUUCAUCAGAACCAGGUGACUCAAGCUGAGCUGGACAGGCUGAAGCACCAAACACAACUUUUCAUAGAGGCAAUAAAGAACAAUGCUCCACAGUCUUGGGCAGAGCUAGAAGCAUCGCUAACAGGUUCAGAUAAAGCUAAUAGCAACCUUGAAGACUCCACUUAUCCAAACAUGUAGUAAAAUGGUACAUAGAUGUUAAGUUAUUCCUGUGCCUCCUAUUUCCUGUCUCAAGCUUUUACUUGAACAUUCUGAGUCCAAGAUGUGCAAGGUAGCAUGCCAUUCACAGCUUGUCUUUACAGCCAUCCGUGGGACUGGGACAGCACAGUGGGAUCUUGGCAAGAUGACUACUCACUACUCCAGUAUGACCUUGAACUCCUUGCUAACUCUAUACUGUCUUGGACUUCAGAAGCUUGGAUGUGCUCUGCUGGCAUGCUCCCAUUCUUGCUGUGAGAAGACAGUCAUUUGCAGAAUUCUGCAAGCAAGUCUUUUCCUAUUCCCAUCUUCAGAUUGUCAGUUCUGAGAGUGGCAUGGCAAAACAGUCCCCAGUAUUGGGCUAUCAUCAGUUGCAGGAAGGGAGUUGGUGUGAGGAGAAGAUCAGUUUGGUGGGGUGCUAUCAGACUGUUGCUGACUGUCGACAGAGAGUCUUGCUUUUGGGGUUACAAUUGUUUUGAAUUAGUGAAGAUCUGCUUGUGGUGAAGCAACAUUCUGUAUUUAUUGCAAUCUUUGACCAAAGUGACAAGAGUCUUAGGAGCCCGCUGACUUAAUUUUGUUGAGUAUAUGUUGGAUUUUGGUCUGUAAGGAUGAAUGAAGGAGAAUUGCAAGGCUUGCACUGGAAGUGUUUGUUUCAAAGCUGUAUUUAUUUGCACUUCCCAUUAGUGACUAAAAACUGUAUGGAGCAAAAGGCUUUAGAUUUUCUUGGUAGAAUGCAGAGGCAUUUUUAAACAUUGUGCAAGAAAGACACUUGUUCACCAGAGUUAAUUUGGCAAGAAUAGUUAAAUUUUAUUUUAUCUAUAUAUCUUUGUUUAUAAGGCUAAACUCUUUUUUUUUUUUUUUUUUUUUUUUUUUUUUCCUGUGAAAUUGCUCCCAGUCUUGUUCAGCAUCUGCAUCAGUGACCUUGAUGAUGAGGGGACAGUGUCCACGCUCAGCAAGUUUGCUGAUGAUACGAAGCUGGGAGGAAGCACACCAGAAAGCUGUGCUGCCAUUCAGCGAGACCCAGGCAGGCUGAAGAGUUGGGCAGGGAGGAACCAGAUUAGGUUUAAUAAGAGCAAGUGUAGAGUCUUGCACCUAGGGAGGAAUAACCACAUGCACCAGUACAGGUUGGGGGGUAACCUGCUGGAGAGGAGCUCUGCAGAAAGGGACCUGGGACUCUGCAGUGUGCCCUGGUGGCCAAGAAUGCCAAUGGUGUCCUUGGAUGUCCUAAAAGGAGUGUGGCCAGCAGGUCAAGGGAGGUGAUCUUCCCCCUCUACUCUGUCCUAGUGAGGCCUCAUCUGGAGUACUGCAUCCAGUUCUGGGCUCCCCAGUACAGAAAAGACAGGGAUCUGUUGGAAAGAGUCCGGCAGAGGGCCGCUAAGAUGACAGAGCGCUUGAAGCACCUCUCUUAUGAGGAAAGGCUGAGCAACCUAUGUCUGAAAAAAGAAGGCUGAGAGGGGUUUGAUCAAUGUCCGUAAAUAUCUAAGGUGCUGGAGGCAAAGGGACAAGGCCAGACUCUUUGCAGCAGUGGCGAUAGGAUGAGGGGGAAUGGCCACAAACUGAAGCUUAGGAAGUUGCACACAAAUGUGUAUGAAAACUUCUUCACGGUAAGGGUGAAGUGACGGAGCACUGGAACGGGCUGCUCGGAGAGACUGAAGCCUCCUUCUCUGGAAAUGUUUAAGACCUGCCUGGAUGCCUACCUGUGGAACCUGGUCUAGGGAGCCUGCUUUGGCAGGAGGGUUGGUCUAGAUGAUCUUUAGAGGUCCCUUCCAGCCCCUACAAUUCUGUGAAUCUAUGAAAUCAAUUGCUAAGAAUGAAAAAAAGGAGAGAAGUGAGAGUAGAAGGGGCCCAUGGGAAAACAAGUCCUCCCAUCUCCCUUCCCUCCUUCUUUUUGUUACUGAGAGAAAUUGAGUGAAUAUGUGUACUUAAAAAUAACUAAAUAAAAAGAUGUCAACUUGGAAAAUCUUGCUGAAAGUUUUAUCUGCUUGAGUUUGAAGUUAAACAAAACCAUUUUUGUCCAUGUAACUGUGUCUCAUCCCUAGCCUGCUUGACAUUAAAUGUAUUUAAGGGCUAACAUCUUAUGCAGUGUUAUUAGCAGACAUCUGCAGUUGUCAGUUGCAAAAGCUAUUCUACAGAUGUCAGUUUAUCUAGACACUUUUGUCAGUCCCUCCAGUAAAAAGGGUCUGUUUGCUUUUUACCAGAGGCAGGCUGUACAAACGAACUAAGAACGUCUCUUCCUAUGAGGGAUAAGAAAUCUGGAUUGAUUAUAGCAUGUUCAUUUCCACUUGAAAAUGCUUUCCAAAAAGUGUGCCAUAUAGAUUUCUGGGUAUUUUGAUGCUCUGAUCACUUCAUUUCAGAUUCUUAAAAGAGGUACUUGAAAUUAUAGUAGAACUCUUGCUAGUUUGUGGUUAGACCCCUUCAUUUUCUGAUGCCUUUUGGAAUUAAGAUUAGAGAAGGCUGUGGAGAAUGCUGUUCUAGACUUCCUAAAAUACACUCAGUAGAAAAGGUGCAAGGGAUUUCCCUCUAAUAAGGGGUUUCCCCCUAUUUAGGGAAAAACCAAUGUAAAGAAAUGCUGUAGAUGUCUCAUGUAGAGGAGAAAUGGAGUCAUGUUUUCCCUAGCCAGAGGCCUAGAGAUAAAUGUUGUGUCAGGGUUCCCCAUAAAGCCCUUUAUGAGCUGUAACAAACUAAUAGCAGUGUGUUUCAUUGUUCAUCCUGUUCUCCUGCUGAACUGCUGUGCUGCUGCUCCUGUAGCACGGUACAUAGGAAUAUACUGAGACAGAUUUUUGAAGACUGUGUGGUGUUUUCACUAUAAUUGUGCAUAAUAGGAUAUCCCAACUUGCAGCACAGCAGUAUCAAAAUUGAACCAGAGAAAACAAAAGGCAGGAAAGCAGCAUAAUACAGGGUAACAAUGUAGGACGUAACUAGCUCUUCCAGAACUGCAUGUGAUAUCUGCAUUAAAUGACAAUUGUUGGGUGGGUAGAUAUGGUGGGGCCCUGUGCCAUUUGUGUAAGAAUCCCAGAGGAUAAGAGCUUCUCAGAGGAAGGAGUAGGAGGCAGUUCCAUUGAUCUGAUACCUUUAAUAGUCUUAGAGGUGUAGUGUGGGAAAGUGCAUAGGAUAUCUAUUCUAUUUUUCUUAGCAUUCUUAUUCUGUCUAUCAAUUAUAGAGAGGAAUAGGAAGUUCAGAAUGUGUUAAUAGGAAGUGAUUGUCUUCCUAGAAAACACGAUGGAUUCAGGUUUUCUCUAGAGAUGAAAGGAGGUAAGAAAAAUGAAGUUGAAUUCCAGCUGUAUAUGAUGAGUGAGUACACCGGUGACCUCUUAAAUGAUUCUGUGUCAUUACUUCGAAGGGACCUUCAAAGAUCAUCGAGUCUUAUCAAAGAUCGAGUCUGCCUAACUGCUUCAGGGCUAACUGAAAGCUAAAGUGUGUUAAUGAGGGCAUUAUCCAAAUGUCUUUUCUAAUAUUUCAAGCAUGGGGUAUCAUCCCCCUCGUAGAGAUUUCCUCUAGGAAACUUGUUCCACUGUUUGACCACCCUUACAGUAAAGAAUUUUUUUUUUUUUACUAUUUGAUCUCCUUCCUAUUUCUGUUGCUCUGUUGGAGUAUAGGGAAUGGAAAACCUGGCCUUGCACUGGCAAAAAACUUGGCCUGGCACUUUGGCUUAGGGAACCUCUAGCUGCUAAAACUCUCUCAUAGUCCUCUCAGCACCACGUACAUUUUUCCCUGACGACACCAAGAGCAAGCUGAAGUGUAUGCUUACAGCUGAUAGGCAUUUCAAAUGGUUAAUUUGUAUAAGUAUGUAUUUGAUAAAUCUGGAAUAAUGUCCAGCAGCUGGUUAGAAAUCUACUGGGCAUCAGUGCAGGUUUAAAGAGGUUUUGCUGAACUAGAAAAACUCUUAGAGCUCUGUAUGGGUAAGGCCAGGGCCCCAUAGGAGCUGUAUCCCUAGACAAAUUUUGCUUCAAAAUUUGCAGUUACCAUAAAGGAUUUUGAAGGCCCUAAUAACAGAUACAUUGUCAGAUAUCUUUCUGUUCAGUUUCUCUUAGCUGCCUUUAUUCUGAGAAGUCCUAGUAAAGCUUUAAACAGUAAGGACUUUCCUUUCUUGGCUGCAAUUUAAUAAAACAGCAUAGCUCUGGUGCUCUUUUGAGGAAAAUUUAGUUGACUGUAUUAGGGCAAGAGUCGAUGUUGAUUCUGGGCAGGGAUCUGGAAGUGGUCCAGUGGAGAUGAGCAGAAACAUUAACCUCUUUAAUUGGAAACAUGCAAGCAGUAAACUUAGAGGGCUUUUUUGUUUUGGUUUGUUUUUUGUUUUUUUUCUUUUAACUUUAAAAGUGGCAGGACAAGUUGGUCUAAAGCGUGUGUCCCAGUCUAAAAAGUCAGUGAGAUGGUCUGCUGGGGCUUCAGUUCCUGCUACAGUUAGCAAGCAGGGUAUCUUCAUGGCUCAGACACACUGCUGUUUUUUUAUUGAGGUUAAAUAAACAUUGGUAUUUUUGAUUACUUUUGCUACAUAUUUUUGAAGAUCUACUGCUCUAGUUGGAAUGUAAACUUUUUCUGUACCUUUUGAGUUCAUUGUCAGCUUUGAAUACAGUAGCCUAAGAGCCCUGUUAUAAAACAUGACCUUUUUGUUAAAUCUUUACAGAAAUAGACUGUGAAAUAUGAAUCAAAUAAAGUAUAUAGUUGAAAAAUA